AUGGCGCCCAACGACAAAGCGGGCAGAGUUGUUUUCAUCGGCAACAUUCCCUACGGCGGCACUGAAGAGCUCAUCAUCGAAACCCUCGGGCGCGUCGGACAGGUGCUCAACUUUCGCUUGGUGUACGACAAGGAAACCGGGCGCCCCAAGGGCUUUGGGUUCGCAGAGUUCGCCGACGCUGACGCCGCAGCCUCGGCCGUGCGCAACCUCAACGACUACGAUUUGAUGGGCAGGAAGCUGAGGGUCGACUGGUCCAACGAGAGCGGCUCCGGCGACAACGCGCCUUCCAACCGCGACCAGACUACACAACCAGCCAUGAACGGCCAACAACCAGCAGCACCAGCACCGGCGCAACCGUCGAGCGCGCUGGGCCCUCUCCCACCAGGCGUCGAGUUGCCGCCCAGUCUCACCUGCCCCGAUGCCAUCUCGCGCACGCUCUCCACGCUGCCCCCCGACCAGCUCCUCGACAUCCUCUCACAGAUGAAAGGCCUCGUCAUGACGGAUCCUGCCAAGGCGACAGAGCUGCUGCGACAAGCGCCCCAGCUGGCCUACGCCAUCUUUCAGUCGCUACUGCUCCUCCAGCUGGUCGACCCACAAAUCCUGACCUCGCUUGUGGAGACAUCGGCCGCGCCUGCCCCAGUUGCGCAGGCUCCACCUGUUCAGCAAGUACAGCAGCCACCACCGCAAGUUGCGCGACCGCCUGUGAACUACCCCGGAUACCCACCACAAGUCGCGCCUACACCUCCCCAACCUCAAGCUCCCGUCGCACAGCCGUACGCGCAGCCUCCACAGCAACAGCAACCACAAGCACCUGGAAUGGACCAGCAGGCGCUCUACGCACAGGUCAUGGCUCUGUCGCAGCAGCAGAUUGACCAGCUAGCACCAGAGCACCGCGCGCAAAUCCUGCAAAUACGGCAGAUGUUGAUGGCUGGUGGGCGGCCCUAG